GUUCGCUCCCUACGGGAGGAGGGACGCAGGAAAUUGGGGCUGUUGCUACUCUAGCAACUCAACCCAGCUGUUAGCGAGGGGCAGGGGGAUGGGGCUUUAGGUACCGUCCAUCCGGACUCCGAGCCAAGCCCCCCUUCCACCCAGAAAUCUCCCCCACCCCCAGCAUCAUCUCUGCCCUUGCAUGGACCAGUGGGGUGGGGGAGCCGAGAGCUGGUUCUGCGCAUGUUUGAGAGGAGAUCGGAAACUUUUUCUUUGCUUCUGAACAGCCUCCAAGGGCCGCGGGGCGGGGGAGGGGGGCAGAGAUUGAGGAAGAAAAUGGCGAGUCGUGGGAGUUGCGUGGAGAAAGCGGCUUUGCUCUGCGCCUUCCUGCUGGCCACUUGGAGCCUGGCGUCCUGCGCCCAAGCGGAGCCGGAGGAGGAAGGGCGAGACGACCAGCGCUCCUGUCACGGGGCCUUCGAUCUCUACUUCGUCCUGGAUAAGUCUGGAAGCGUCAGAAACCACUGGACAGAGAUCUACUCUUUUGUCGAGAGCCUGGCUGAGAAGUUUAUAAGUCCAAUGCUGCGCAUGUCCUUCAUUGUCUUUUCCUCGCGAGGCACUACGAUCAUGAAGCUAACAGAAGACAGGGAAGCCAUAAGACGGGGGCUUGAGAUUCUUCAGUCUGAAAUGCCUGGAGGAGAUACAUUCAUGCAUGAAGGAUUUAAAAGGGCAAAUGAACAGAUUUACCAUGAAAACUAUGGAGGACUCCGGACAGCUAGUGUGAUUAUUGCUCUGACAGAUGGGGAGUUGCAAGAGGUUCAGUUUUAUUAUGCAGAAAAAGAAGCCGACAGAGCCAGAAGCCUCGGAGCUAUCGUUUAUUGUGUUGGAGUGAAAGACUUUAAUGAAACUCAGCUGUCUACAAUUGCUGACAGCAUUGAUCAUGUUUUCCCGGUAACGGGCGGCUUUUAUGCCCUAAGAGGCACUAUUGAUUCGAUUCUGAAGAAAUCCUGUAUUGAGAUCCUGGCAGCUGAACCAUCCAGUGUCUGUGCAGGAGAAUCCUUUCAAGUUGUGGUAAGAGGAAAUGGCUUUUAUCACGCAAGAAACAUCGAUCAAGUUCUCUGCAGCUUCAAGAUCAAUGACACCAUAACAAUCAACGAAAAACCAACUAUUGUGCAAGACACCUAUUUGCUUUGCCCUGCACCAGUAAUAGAAGACAUUGGACAGGUGGUUUUCCUCCAAGUCAGCAUGAACAGCGGACUAACAUUCAUCUCCAGCUCUGUCAGCAUCACCAGCACACAGUGUCUCAGUGGGACGAUCCUUUUCAUCGCACUCUUAAUUCUGUUCCUGUUGCUGGCCUUGGCGCUGCUUUGGUGGUUCUGGCCUUUGUGCUGCACGGUGGUCAUCAAGGAGCCUCCACCACCGCCACCCCCAGAGCCUGAAUCGGAUGAUGAAGAUGGAUUGCCAAAGAAAAAGUGGCCAACCGUGGAUGCAUCUUAUUACGGAGGCAGAGGUGUUGGUGGAAUUAAGAGAAUGGAGGUGAGGUGGGGAGACAAAGGAUCAACAGAGGAAGGGGCCAAAUUAGAGAAGCCCAAAAAUGCUGUCAUCAAAUUGCCAGAGCAGGAGUAUGAGCCGUGGGAGCCCAAGCCGAAGAAACACAAUGUGAGGCAGCCACCUUCCCAGAGGAAGUGGUAAACUCCAAUCAAGGGCAAACUUGAUGCGUUAUGGGCUCUGGUUCGACGAGGCUACGAUCAAGUCUCUCUUAUGAGACCACAGCCAGGGGAUAAGGGGCGAUGCAUAAACUUCACCCGGGUGAAAUCAGAUGGAAGCACCACCCCAUACCGCCCGCCGCCGAAGCAUGACGCCACCCCCCUCAACAACGCUCUGAGAAGCACCUCGCCUUCGGCCUCUCUGCAGCCUCCUUCCAGGCAGCCGCCUCCUGGACCACCCCCAUCCCGAGUGCCCCCGGGACCUCCUCCAGCGCGCCCGCCCCCACAACCCCUGGCUUAGAGUGCAGCAAAAACCAAGAUUGCUCUCUGCUGAGCAUGGCAUAUUUAUUGAGGCUUGGUUUACAGUCGAAAGAUAGCGAAAUUUGUUGCUGGUCAGCAAAAAAAAAAAAAAUUGCCAAGCGUCAGUUUUACUGUAUAAAUAUAUUUAUGCCACACGUGCUAAGUAAACAUUCAGUGGAUAAUUCUGGAGCUACUGGAUGUAGAACAAAACCGAAACAAUCAUCUAGACACAGCAGCAGUGUUUAUAUAGUUAUAUAUACACACACACAUCCUUCCGAUUUAUCCACACAUGACAUAUGUAUGACAUUAUAUGUCUUAUCAUACAUGAAAACCCAAGCCAGAUACACAUGCAUCAGUCAGUCAAAAGGUGCCACCUGCAAAUGAGUUGGGUGAACGUAGGGAAUUGAAAGUUGCUUUUCUCCCCACAAACACAACGUGAACGUGGAGCUGUGAUUACAAGGGAUCAUUCUCCUUGGUUUGUUCUGCGGGGGAAUUUCCCUGGGUAAUGAUAACAGAGCAAGGUGAGCUAUUCACCAUGCAGUUCCAGUGAUUUAGGAUGUGGAAUCUGCCCUGUGUCCCCUCCCCCCCCCAUCCCCGAGAAGCUCAGUUUUGAAACCAUAAUCUUUGAUUUAACUAGAUUUGGCCUUUGUUCUUAAUUUCAUCGGACACAGGCCGUAAAGGCUAAUUUGGGGUUCUGAAAACCUCAGACUGGGGCAGAUCUUUCCAAAGUUCAGGGGAAUGUGGAAAAAAGUUUCUAGAUUUUUUGCAUUUUUUAAUUUUUAUUUACAUAAAAAGGCCUCCCACAUGGAACAGAAAUAUAUGUCCCUUAUAUGUGACUGCUACUGUAUAUAAGUAGCAUGUUUGAUACAUCAGACAUAUGUGGGAACACACAGGGAUUGAUCCCAUGUCUGUUUCCCAUAGACUUCACUGCUAGCAGGAGCGAAGGAUUGAGCUCUUUUAUGAUUCAGAUGAAAGCACAUCUGAGUCCUUUUAUAUAUCAGAGACCCCCCUGCCCUCAAUAUGGAACAUUACUAACUAGGUGUGUGUAUAAAACACACAGAAUCUGAUCUGUCAGCAUGGGCUUUUUUUUUUUGGUUUUUAUUCAUGCCAAACCUGUGGGACUCCCAAAUAUUGAUGAGCCUCAGUUAUGUCUGACACUAAGCAGAGACACAAACAUAUGCAUGUAGGUGGGGAAUAUCUGACGUGGGAUUAUGGGGUGCCUCAUGACUGGGGCUUGCUAAAUGCUAAAGCCUGAGUGGUUUGUACCCAGCUCAUCCCUAGCGAAGCAAUGUAACUCAUGGACUUACAUUGCUCGCCCCAUCCUGUAUUAUACUGCAUCAGAAAGAGUGUCUUCAGAUCCACGUGUAAAUGGUAUUACUGUAGUCGUAGAGCGGAUGUCCAUGUUGCAUCAUAGAAUCGUAGGACUGGAAGGGACCUUGAGAGAUCAUCUAGUCCAGUUCCCUGCAUUCAUGGCAGGACUAAGUGUUGUGUCUUAUUGGCAUUGUCUAUCUAUUUGUGUGAGGGAGCAGAUACAACCUUGCACCUGUUCUUGGCCAUAUAAUCCCAAGAGGAAACUGUAGUAAUGCCUUGCAUUUACUCUCGCUUUACGGCAUCUGCACUCCUGGUGUGACAUAAAGAGGCCUUAGGGUAGAUCAGAAUCAGGCUUGUUUUUUCCUGUGGAAACACCCAGUUGCAGAACCCAAUAACUAGCUCCCACCAUUCUAUGCUGAUCAUCAUUACAGGCUGUGUGUACAGAACAGGGAUGAUAAAGGGCCCAACAAGGCCUAAUUGGUAAAGACACGCAGCGCUAUGGCAUGCUGUUGGGCCAUAAACUCAGCUCACAGGAAUCAGGGUAACUCCACUGAAGUCAGAGGAGCAGCACCCAUUUACACCAGCUGUGGAUCUGGUCCCAUUGACUACACUGGAAUUGCUCCUGGUUUAGACCUGAGACAGCAAAGCACUGAAGAAUGUGGUUAACUUUAGAUCUGUGAUUAAAUUCCAUUGAAGUCAAUAGGAUUAUUUGCAUGCUCAAAUUGAGACAUCACAGUGCACUGAGAGGAGAAUCUGGUACAUUACUUAUAGCUCGGUCCAGUCCUACCUCCCUUACUCCACAUGAGUGCGGUCUGCCGGGUUGGCCCAUAUGUGGCAGAGACAGAGGGAAUGGCUUGUGUGGGUUAACAUCUCGUAUCUGGAUUGCUCCCCCUCCAUUUAAAGCAUUUGCUUUGAGAGCAACACUGCCAUAUCUGCAGCCAAUGUGACAUCUAAUUAGUCAGCAGUUGUUUGUUCUCACUGCUUUGAGUUGAAAAGCAAAAAUAAUGUGUCUUAUUCUCCAUUUCAGUUAUGGCGAAACUCCACUGCCUUCAGUGAAGGGGACUGGAUGAGCCAGGGGAGAGUGGGCAUGGGCUGCCAACUCAUGGCAAGACCAUCCAUUUAGCCCAGACUGGUAGUGACUGGAAGUUGGUGUUGCCUGAUAUCUCUUUGGAGGCCUCUCUGAAAUGAGUUGGUGGGUCUUAGCCCAGCCCCUAGUGUACAGGUGUCUACAUCACAAUAAACAGUUGGCAUUAACCGUCCCUCUUGUUGGCAAUCUCAGCAGAGGCCGAUAAUUGAAAUGACAAAGGAUACUGAACAUCCCUUCCAGCCUCAAGCGCUGUUAUUGAGAUCUGGCACAUUGGUGGCGAAGCUUGUGCUGCUACUGCCUGUGCAUAUAGAAAGGACAUUAGGGUUGUCAGACCUUUCACCAACACUUAAUUCACCAGCAGGGGGGAUUGAGGUACUAUUGAGACCCACUGUGCUGGGAGUAAAUAACAAGCAGGGGAACUUAACCUACAAAAACUGGUUCUAUUUAUAAAGUUUUUCUUGAUGGGCCAGGGCUACUGUUAGCCAGUGAGAAAAGCAGCCAAAUUCUGUCAUCGCUUACUCCUGUAUAAAUCCAGAGUAGCUCCAAUGACUUUUAUGGAGUCACUGCAGAUGUACACUCAGUGUAAGUGCGAGCAGAGUUUGGCCCAGGGAUCUGUGUUACAUAUGCCAAUGCUUAAAGGUUUUUCACAAGCUAUUCAAACAGCUGACUCAUCUGCAGAUUGACAGGUAUAACAACUCUUUUACCUUUGCAAAAAUAUGUCUACUCUUGGCUGUGCAAGGAAUCCAUCUUCAGUAAACCCAUGUGCA